AGGAUAUUAAGCAGGAGAAGCCGGGCUCCACGUCGGGGAUGGAGGAUAAAGCGGAAACACAGAAACCACUUAACAUGUUCUUUGAAAGUGUCAAGUCGGAGCUCAGGAACGGAUCCUCCGAAUAUUCCGAUAUUUCUGAUUCCGAGGGAUCCGAAGACAAUUGCACUAACCAGCAGAAACACUUCUCCAAGGAAUCGGAAAGCUCAGGUGAUGAUGAUGAUGAUGAUGAGGAGCAACAGGAACCCAUUCGUAACCUUAAAGAGGAACACAGUGGGAGAAGAUUGCCCUGUGAUCCUAAUUUCCAAUGGUCUGAUGACGAUUCUCCCCAGAAAAGUGAAUGUCCUACCUCGACCAGCAUGGAGCAAGAAGCUGUACAAGGAAUGCUCUCCAUGUCUGCAUUGCACUACCCCACCGCAAAGAGCACAGACUGCAAGACUAGGGGGGGUUACCCCCAACUGCACAUCAACGUCUCCCAGGGAAACAGUGAGGAGCAUCUGGAUUCCCACAGCCCGAAAGCAGCAAGUGGUCCCCACGUGAAAGACAAAGAACUGUCCCCUCUGGACUGGAUGCGGCAACCAGAUGCUUCCUGCAGAACAAGCCCUCAGGAUUCACAAAACCUUCCGAAAUCUUUGCGUAGAGAACUUGCGCACGAGGACUACGAGAAGUCGCCGAAGGACCAGCGCUACUUAGAGAUCGGCUGUUGGGACUCCGCGGAUAAAUACGAGUUGAGCGCGAGUUCCGGCGAAUGUCACCUGAGCACGGCAGCCUCAGUCCUACGAUGA